UGGUAGAGCACAUAAUUGCGCUCUCCAAGUAGAUGAAGAGAUGCUGGACGACUUGUCAAUUUUCGAAGAACACCAUAUCAAGACUUGUGUAAAGUGUUUCGAUGAGACGGCUAAGAAAUGGGCCCAAAAAAAGAGCGUUAAUAUAACUAUGACGGACAGAUACCUUUUACGAGAAGGAUUUGACGACUUUCCUGCAUACACCGGUAUGUUUCGUGAUAACCACCGUCGGGUUGACUACGUGAUUGUGCUCUCUGCUUCGGAGGACGCAUUCUAUACUGAUGACAUUAAAGCCCAGUUUCUUACCACUCUUGUCAAAAUUGGUUUGGAGCUGGAGAUUGAGAGAGGUGUGAUGAAAGAGUACAAUAAUCUUCUCUUCGUAAAGAUCUAUACCCCGGACGUGGUUUUAGACAGUCACGCCGAAUAUUAUGGUGUGAACCAAGAUUUUCAAGCCAACCAUGCCAAUUUCAUGGGGCCCUUAAACUGGUUCACUCAGGGCUCCAGUCUGUGGCCACGUGAUGAGAAGGAAUGGAUUCUAUUAUUGCGGAAGCGUUACUUGAAACCCCUACGUUUAUCAAACCGUGACCGUAGCUAUAUUACGUACAUGCUAAUCAAACACCAACCUUUUGGAGAAGGCGAUAAGAACUAUGGAUUUCACAGGUUAUUAAACCAUAAAAUAGUCAUUGACGGGUACGCUUUACACGAUGGGCCAUAUUUCUUUACGUCAGAGCAACCCGUUUCUCAACUUAAUGGCCGACAAGUGUUAUUUUACAAAUGGGCAAAUUACAACCAACUGUUCCGUUUACAGCCUAUUAAUGUUUUAAACGAGUAUUUUGGGCCCAAGAUUGCAAUGUAUUUUGCGUUUUACCAAUUCUACAUGGGAAUGUUGUCAAUAUUAACUGUUUUCUCAUUAGCUAUUUCCGGCCUUUGGUUUUUUUAUUACAUUUUACAAGACAUAGACCAAAUAUGCACAGACAAAUUCUUGAAACCAUCGGAAGAUUUGGAGUCAUUCGGUUGGAAAAGAGAUGGCCUGACAUCCUGUCCGCCGUGUCAAGAUUUUAAAGCAUGCCCUGUACUUAUUCAAAACUGUUGGAUAUGGACUAUAGUUUCGUUUUGGAGACUUUUUUAUUUUCUAUUACCAGCUUUUUCUUUUUGGGUACUUUUAUUUUUCUUGUUAUGGAGAAGAAAAUACAAUUUUUAUCGCUGGCUCUGGGAGUUGAAACAUACGUUGAAAAAUUCUAUUGUAAGGCCGGAGUACACUGUUCAGUACAAAGGGGCAUAUAGAUCUAAAGUAACGGGUAUUUGGGAAACCCGUAAGACGUUAGCAGAGAUUUUUGUGUGGCCAAUAGACAUGCUAGUGUUUGUAUUCAGUUUUGGCAGUAUAAUUGGAGUUAUGGUAGGAAGCUAUUAUGCUAGAAAUAUCGUUCUUUCUAUGUGGUAUGCCGAUAAGAAGUUGACAGUGAAUCCCCUACCUCCGACAGUAGACCCUCACUACAACAAACUAUGGUACGACAGUCGAAUUUUCUACGACGAACGCAUGGACAAAGUUACAACGAAUGAAAUGGAUCUGUAUAUAUUGGCAGGCCUGACUGCAAUUCAAGUUAUUAUAUUAUAUUGUUUGGAAAGGUCUCUACAUCUCUAUGAAAUCGCCACCUGACUGGUGUCGACGUACAGCAAGAGCUAAGACGUGUUCGAGGAGCGGCUGUAAGCAAGUGGACAGUUCGAAGACGCCUGAGGGAAGCCAACCUUACACCCAAACGUCUUGCAACUGGUCCGAAAUUGACGCCAAGCCAUCGACAAGCGCGCCUGCAAUUUGCUAGAGAGCACCUCAAUUGGAACCACGAGCAAUGGCGGGCUGUCUUGUUUACUGACGAGUGCAGAAUGUGUCUGCAUGGCAGUGAUAGGAGAGGUCGGGUGUAUAGGCGCCCAGGUGAACGAUUUUCGCAGUACUGUUUCGCUGGAACUGUUGCAUAUGGCGGCGGCUCUUGUAUGAUGUGGGCUGGAAUUUCUUUAGACGGGAAAACCGAACUCGUUUUCGUGUCUGGGGGAGGCCGAGGAGGAGGAUUGACAGCCGAUCGGUAUAUUACCGAUAUUCUCCUAGAACAUGUUGUUCCGUACGCGGGGUUUGUCGACGA